UUGGCCCUGGAGUCUACUAGUGUCCUCUUGAAUCUAUAACAUAGCCAUUCCUCUGGCCCCUGGUGCUUAGGUCAUAAUAGCAUUCUGCUGUCUCAUCAGAAGUCUUUGAUUUCUUAACCUCUGUGGUUUGAUUUAAUUCUGGUUGUGUUUUGGGCUGGUGCUCUUUCACUGUACCCCACUUGGAGUGGGUCAGGUGAGCCAGUCAAUGAUUUCUUCAGCAGGGAAGCCUCUCCCCAGAAGCUCUAAGCAUCUGAAGCUCACACCCGGCCCGUUCAUCGAUGAGAUGACCUCAUUGGCUCUGGUCAACAUUAAUCCCUUCACUCCGGAGUCCUAUAGAAAACAAUUCCUUAUAUCCAAUGGCAAGAGGAAAACCCGAGGCGAUCUAAUGGAAGCACCUCUAAAACAGGCCAGUCUUUUGUGCUCAGAUGUACUCGGCAAAAUAAAGUGAGGAAUCCAGUCCAGGAGGAGGCAAGGGAGAACAAGGGCUGCCUGCUAAGAGGUGUGUUUUACGAGAAACCAACAUGGCUUCCCGCUAUGAAAAAGAAUUCUUGGAGGUAGAAAAAAUUGGUGUUGGAGACUUUGGUACAGUCUACAAGUGCAUUAAGAGGCUGGAUGGAUGCGUUUAUGCAAUAAAACGCUCCACGAAACCUUUGGGAGGAUUAUCAGAUGAGAAUCUGGCUAUGCAUGAAGUUUAUGCCCAUGCAGUGCUGGGACACCACCCCCAUGUGGUUCGUUACUACUCUGCGUGGGCAGAAGACGACUACAUGAUCAUUCAAAAUGAAUACUGCAAUGGUGGGAGCUUGCAGGCUGCAAUAACUGAAAACGCAAAGUCUGGCAAUCAUUUCCCAGAGCCCAGACUCAAGGACAUCCUUCUGCAGAUUUCCCUUGGGCUCAGAUACAUCCACAACUCCGGCAUGGUGCACCUGGACAUGAAGCCCAGUAACAUCUUCAUUUGUCAUAAGAUGCAAAGUGACUCUCCUGUGGUCCUGGAAGAGGUUGAAAAUGAAGCUGAUUGGUUUCUCUCUGCUGAUGUGAUGUAUAAAAUUGGUGACUUGGGUCAUGUAGCAUCAAUAAGCAAUCCCAAAGUGGAAGAGGGGGACAGUCGCUUCCUGGCUAAUGAGAUUUUGCAAGAGAAUUAUCAGCACCUCCCCAAAGCAGACAUAUUUGCCUUGGGGUUGACCAUCGCAGUGGCUGCGGGAGCAGAGUCGUUGCCCGCCAACGGCACCAAGUGGCAUCACAUUCGUGAGGGGAACCUUCCAGAUCUUCCUCAGGAGCUCUCCAAGGAAUUCCACCAACUACUCAAGAGCAUGAUCCACCCUGAUCCAGCAGAGAGACCGUCUGCAGCAGCUCUGGCCAAGAGUCGAGUCCUCUGUCCCUCCCUGGGGAAAACAGAAGAGCUUCAGCACCAGUUGAACUUGGAAAAGUUCAAGACAGCCACACUGGAAAGGGAACUGAAAGAAGCCCAGCAGGCCCAGUCCCCCAAGGAUGGCCACAGUGUCCCCGGGGUCUCUGAGACCCCCACCGGGUCAAGUAGCACCAAACGUCUGGUAGGAGGAAAGAGUGCCAAGUCUUGAAGCUUCACCUCGAGGCAGUCUUCCCCAUAAGAACGUCUCUCCCAUCAACUUACCCUUUAUCCCCAAAAUAGAUACCGGCUGUGCCAACCUUUUCUCAUAAAGGGAGGAACUAACAGGCUCAGGAGGCUGAAGAUUUCAAGAGCCAGCCUAGUUUAGCAUUUUCAGCCGAUAUCCUACAGCUGCCAAGGCUUCCUAGCAGUACUGGUGGCUGGUGCUACCAUUAGCAGCCAUGUCUCCUCCCGUUACGUUCCUAACACCGCCUGUCAACAACUCUGACUUCUCAGGUUUGCUGAUGCGCAGCGGGAAAGCAUGGGCCUCUGAACUGGGAGCAGCCACCCCCCACGCCCCCCAGCCCCUGCAGCCUGUGGACUGCAAGGCUGCCUA